AUGUUUUUCCAAUGCCCUGCUUCCGACAUGGAGACCCCUCUGGAGGUGUUUGCACGGAGCCUCGGCGAGAAGGAAGAAGAAGCCACGGCGACGCCCGAGCAACUCUUCGGCAUGUACGUGCUUCCGGUGGAUGCGCUGCUGAAGAUGACGGAGCUAAAGCCGCAUGAAGAGCUGAUGCUGGAAGGUGUCUUGGUGGAGUUCGACGACAGCAAGGGCAACGCCAUGUUCGUGUCACAUCAGUGGGCUGGUGUAGACCAUCCAGAUCCGGAGCUUCAACAAUUCAAAGUUCUGCAAAAGGCGCUGAAGAAUGCCAUGUCGGGAGCUUCCGUGAUCUCGGGCAACAUCAGUAUCGAGCUCUACACCGGACAGCAGACGUGUGUUUCCGCGAAGGACCUGUCGUCGAAGCCGCUGUUCGUAUGGUAUGACUUCAUCUCUUGUCCUCAGUCCUCUUGUCGAUCUGCCGAUCGCCAGCUGGCGAUCAGCAGCAUUCCAGCCUACGUUGACCGCUGCCAGUUUUUUACAAUCCUCUGCCCGCAUGUCCCGCAAGCGCAGAAGGAGAUUUUGCUGAAUCGCCGCAGCUGGGAAAGCCGUGGCUGGUGUAGGUUGGAGCGCAUGGCGCGGGAGUUGAGCACCCGCGCAGACACCGGGGUCUCCAUCGAGAUCCAGGGUGCCACGUACCAGGCGCAGGCACCUGCUUUUGGCUUCGUGCAGGCCCCGGUGGGCGAAGGGAGCUUCACGGUACAUAGAGACAAGACGAAGAUAGCUUCGGUGUUGCAGAGAAUGGUUCGGCGGAAGCUUCAUUACUACGUGGUGCAGGGUGAUCUUCAUCAGUACCGGCUGAUGCUGAACCUGCAAAGGGUCCACUAUCGAAAUCUCGACGCCGUUCCUCUCGAGGGCCUUGUGCCGGGCUUCGUCUCAAAUCUCCAAGAUCCUGCGAGCUUCGCGGCCGCCAGCUUCCUGUUCCAGAAUGGCUUCCGAUCGGUCGAUGAGCGCACUGCCGAAGGGUGGACGCCGAUUUGCUUGGCGGCCCUCGAUGGCAGUCCUAUGCUCAUCUCUGCCUUACUGGAGCAACGUGCGGACGUCAACGAUCGAAUGAAGCAGAGAGAGCCUGCCAGCCAGUUCGGACAAGAGACGCCCUUGCUCCACAUGUGCGCCUUCCUUACGAACAACGAGGCCCUGCGUGUGCUCAUCAGCAGCCGAGCUGAUGUCUCCGCGAAAGAUGGCUUCGGCGCAUCACCCCAUCACUGGGCUGCUUUCUCGAACAACGUGGAGGGUAUCAAAGCCCUUUGCAUGGCCGGGUGCAGCCCUACAGACGUAAACAUGCUUGGCUACUCUCCCUUCCGAGUCGCUGCUUCCGUGGGCCGCGUUGACGCCCUGCGGGCGCUUCUUCCCUACACGCCAAAGGAUGAGAUUGACCUUGCGCUGCAUGCCGCGAUGCUGCAGGGAGGCGGAUCGGCAGAGGUCAUGUCCACCUUGAUAAGCUUGGGGGCUGACGUGAACCUGCAGCUGAAGAUUCCCCUCUUCAGCCCCCUGGGGAUCUGGUUUGGCUGCCUCAGUUUGAGGCAUCGCUGGAAGACCUCGGUGCUCAGCUCCUACGCCUACCACCACUACCAAGCAACCCCUCUCAUGUGCAGCGUCAUCACCGGAUCCUUCGAGGCCACUGCAACCCUCCUAGGCGCCGGGGCACGUACGGACUUGCGAAAUGCACGUGGGCUGACAGCAGAGGAGCUGGCGCGUGAGACCAGCGCUCCCGACUACAUCAUACGGGCCUUGCAGGGCCACGGGGAUGCGCGCGAGAAACUCGUGAAGGAUGUGAAGAAGCUUGCGAAGCUGGAGGUGAUAGAUCCUGAAGAGGACCUUGCAUUCAUCAGCAGCGAGUUCCAAGACGUCUACAUGACGGGUCGGAAGUUGGGCGAAGGCAGCUUCGGAGCCGUUUACGAGGUUGCGCACCGCUCCAACGAGAGCACGAUCCGGGUCUGCAAGGUCAUCCAGAAGUCUAGCGCAGACAAGGCGAAGACCUCGCACCAGCGCGUUCGUGAGGAGUUUGCUGUCCUCAAGCGCUUGGAUCAUCCCCACGUCGUACGGAUCUUCGAAGAUUUCGAGGACGAGAGGUGUUUUUACCUGGUGAUGGAGCCCUGUCGAGGGGGAGACCUCCUGGACACGCAUGUCAUCAGGGCUCCCUGGCCUGGUGUUUUCCCUUGGACAAGUAGUUCGAUGCCGACCAUGCCGCCUGUGAAGGGAGGCCGACGGGGCCAACGAUGCGCCCUGGCCCUGCUCUCCCUCGUGCUGAUCCUCUGCCUCAGCGUUUUCCGUGGCUCCGGCACCUUCGUGAGCAAGCCGCAGGUCACCCCCAGGUUGAGCCCGCGCUCCACUAGCCAGGCAGAUCUGGCCAAGGAUGGUGCUCAAGGGCGACCUGCUCGCUCCGAGAUCGCCGAGAUCGCGGAGGUGGGUACUUUGCCCAAAGCGACAGAGGAGUGGCUCUCGUCCCUGCCCAACUGGGUCUGGCGUGGGGUGAUCCUGGUGCUGUGCAUGUUGUGGGCCACCAAUUUUGCGGUCAUCAAGGAGAUCACGGCUCAGCCGGGCGUCACCACGCAGAUGUACGCCGUCUCGCGCUUCACCGUAGCUGCCGGGCUACUGUCGCCCUGGAUCUCCCAAGCGUCUUCGCCAAAAGUGCUUGCUCGGGCUGUGGAGUGCGGGGCAUGGAUCGCCUUCGGCUACAUCGGCCAGGCCGUUGGGCUCAUGACCACCACAGCCUCGAAGUCCUGCUUCAUCUGCACGCUAAACGUGGUCUUCGUGUCACUGAUUGUGGGCAUCACCAAGAGGAAGUUCGAUCCGCAGACGGUGAUGGCGGCCGCGCUCGCCGUCACCGGCGUCGGGUUUUUAGAGUUGGCGGGGUCGCAGCAGUUCGUCAUCGGCGAUCUGAUCUCCCUCGCCAUGCCCAUCGGAUUCGGCAUGGGAUACAUUCGGCUGGAGGAGAUCAUGGCUGACAACCCCAAGGAUGCGCUGCCUGUGACUGCCGUGAAGCUUGGCGUCGUGGCAGCUGCCUCCUGGGCUUACUACGCGCUCACCACCGGUUCUCCCGACCUGGAGCCGGUCCUUGCCUCGUCGACGGCGCUGACAGGCAUUUUGUAUACUGGGCUGGUCACCACUGGCUUGGCCCUGGUGGUGGAAUCUGUAGCCUUCCGUUUCAUCGAUGCCACCUCGGCGUCAGUGAUCUUCACCACGGAGCCCCUUUGGGCAGCAAUCUUCGCUGUUUGGCUGAUCAACGAGCCCUUCUCGGCAGUGGAUGCCAUCGGAGGCGCGUUGGUCAUCGGCGCCAACGUGAUCAAGGAGUUGCCAGAGGAGAGCCUCCCUUGGAACACGGCGACGAGAGCGGCGAAGACCGCUGACUGA